UCCAUCACGAGACUGUGCUGUGAGCCACUUCUCUGGGGGAAAUUCCACCACACCUACGCAAGCAACUGUCCAGACCUGCUUGCCCUAUAAAUUGGAGGGUAUCUGAAUGUCUCAGCACCAAAGAGAAAAGAAGCUUUCACGCUCACUUGCCUGCUUCAGCUCCGGCCACAACUUCUGCGUUGACAUGAAGGUCUCUGUGGUUGCCCUGGCUGUUCUCAUCGCCGCCUUCUGCUACCAGACCUCUGCUGCACCAAUUGACUCUGACCCACCAACCUCCUGCUGUUUCACCUACGUCCAACGGGCGCUGCCCCGUAGCUUCGUGACCGACUACUAUGAGACCAACAGCCUGUGCUCUCAGCCAGGUGUCGUGUUCAUCACAAGGAAGGGACGUGAAAUCUGUGCCAACCCUGAACAUGACUGGGUCAAGAAGUACGUGAUUGAGCUGGAACUGAACUGAAGCUUUGGAACAGGAUGCACUGUGCCAGGACAAGCAAGCCAUGGACUCCAUCAGAAAUGUUCCGUGUCAUUUAGAAUUAGCUGAGAAACUGAAAAUGUCCCAGAACCUGA